AUGGCUGAAGAAAAGAAGACAGGCGCGCUGGGUUUCUUCUCGAGCUACGACGAUCUCAGCGACAGCAGCAACGACUCUGAGGAGGAGGGGGGACAGGAUAGACCGGGGACAGGAGCUGCAGGGAGCGGGGCUCAGUCCUCUCUACAAGGGACCAAACGAGGGGCCACUGGAGCCCCUUUACCGAGACCUGACGCCCUGUUCGGGUCCGUGUCCAAACCCGCUUUCCUCUAUAACCCGCUGAAUAAGGAGAUAGACUGGGACAGCCUGACGGUCAAAGCUCCAGAAGAGGUAAGAUACAAAGUAGACUAAGGAAAAAGACACAAGCAGAAAGCAACAUUACUGCUUAAACAUUUCACUCUGCCAGUCUCGAGUAGAUUACAUUAUAAUUCAAUGUGCCCACUUUUCCAGCAGCCGCCUGUUUGUACGGAGACCUCCGGGCGAGUCCAUCGACUGCAGUGGGGUGACGCAGAUUGUGAAAUAUCUAAAUAACUUUCUAGGCUACUUGCAAAUAAAGUUCAUAAUGAAAACUGGCAGUCUACACAGAAAAUCCUCAAUCCCAAUCCCCUGUCUCUAAUCCUUUAAAAGCAUUAUUUACUCGUGUCCAGUCAGUCUCUUCCUUGGGCUGUGUCACCCCGCUGUAAUCCGUAAUGGAUUGGCCUGAGUUCUUGCUACAAACAAGUGGCUGCAACUCACCUACACAACUCACCUACUCUCUUCCAGCAGCCGCUUGUUUGUACGGAGACCUCAGGCCGAGUCCAUCGACUGCAGCGGGGUGACGCAGCUCAAGGAACAACAUUUAUAAUUAUUACCUAAUGGAAAUGCAAUCAGACCGAGACGCUAAGGCAGAAGAACUACUGCGUCUGCAGUGCAAAAUGAUUAAUUUGAUAACUAUUACUUAAUGGAAAUGAUAAAGUAGUGAUCAUAAAUGUUCUUCCUUGAGCUGCGUCACCCCGCUGCAGUUGUGUUUAGUCUCUUUGCUAAAGAAAUCAGGCAAAGUUAAAAAGAUGUUUGGUGGCUACUGUUGAUGAAGUUAGGUGCUGUUCUGAGCAUUAUUUGUAGCUAUAGAGUAGCGUUUUGGUUGAAUGCGUGGCUCUCUGUAUUGCUAUCCUGUGGUCGUUACUAAAGUUGGUAUAACUAGAGAAGCAAGCGGUCGGCAACAUUCAUCUCUCAACAGGGUGUCUAACUCCGUGUUACAGUGUGUUUGACCCUAACUUAAUUUUACCUUGGAUAUCCCUUUAACAUGUUAAUUCUCACCUGUGGUUCGAAUUUAAUGUAAGGAAAGGAGUCGUAGCAUUUAUGUCACUUCUGCAUAUUCCAAAAACACCAGGCAGGUUUGCUCCCAGUUUAACAUUUUAAUUUGUUUAAGGUCCAAAUAA